AUGGUAGCCAAACCCAGUGGAGUCGCCGCAGUUACUCCCACGUCUGGGAGGCUCCCGCCGAGGCAGGCCCUCAGCCCCACCUGGCCUGGCCUGACAGGUCCACCCCGGAAGGUGACCCAGCCCAGCCUCCUGCCUCCGGACUGGCACCUGGAGAAGCCCAGGAAGACGAGCCGCCUUCUCAAGGAGCUGGGCGCCUGCCACGUUGCCGUCGCUCUGCUGUACUUGAUCCUUGGGGCUUACCUGGCUGCUACAGUCCAGAGCCUUCACCUGGUGGUGCUGAAGUGUUGGUAUCCGUUCUGGGGAGCUGCCUCUUUCCUCAUUUCAGGGAUCUUGGCGAUAACGAGGGACAUGUUUCGGAAAAACUAUCUGACGGUGUGCCUGAGCACAAACACCAUCAGCUUCUUCUGCGUGCUGGCUGGCCUCUUUGUCAUCGCCAAGGAUCUCUUUCUGGAGAGUCCAUUUGAGUUCCCCAUCUGGAGACCAUACCCCAGUGACAUAGUCCACAUCCAGAGACUGGAGCUGGGCCUACUGUGCCUCACCUGCCUGGAGGUCUUCCUGCCGGGGCUCACAGCCGUCAUGGCCUACAGGGAUGCUCGCCUGUCUGCAGAGAAGGAUGACCUGUCCCUUGUUCCUGGCACACCGUUGGAGUGCAGAGGGCCGCCAAUGACGCCCCCACCAUCAUACAAGGACGUGACUCAAGGCGACACGCAGGACGAGCAGGAGCAGAGGCUCAGAGAAGUUAAGCAAAUGAGCCUGGUCAGCUCGCUGUGUGGCGGCCUCGGGAUGUGCGUCCUGCUGAUGGAGCUGGCUGCCAGCAGUGGGUAUGCCCAGGUGCCCCAGAAGAGUCUCUCGGCGCUGCUGCUGCUCUCCUCCACCCUGGAGCUGGGCAUUGCUUCCUUGUGCACCUCCUGGGCUCCCAGGCCACCUUCUGCUACACCUGGCUGGUCCUGGAUGGGGUCGGCAAAGGGAGGAGAGACAGCAGAGCGGGGGGGGGGGGCAGGGGACAGGAGCCUGUCCUCCCGCACCCAGUGUGCAGUGGCCAUGUACCUGAACCCAGCUGAGGACGCACCCAUGACUACAGCCGCCCAUCCUGAAAGCCCACUGCAGCUGCAGCAGCCCCCGGCCACCGCCUGA